AUGUCUCAGCAAUGUACUCUGCCAGGGACCUCGCCCCCUGCCCCCAGUAAGGAGCCCCUCAAGCCUGUUUCUCCUCCCACUGAUAUCCAGCAGGAGCAAGUGAAGCAGCCAACUCCACUGCCUGCCCCAUGCCAGAAGGUAUCCUCGGAGUUCCCAGGGAAGGAUCCCAUGGAGCUCGGGAAGAAACACACAACUCCUGUGCAGGGGGUGCCCCAGAAAGAGUGUGAGCCACAGCAACAGGAGCCACAGCAGCAGGAACAGCAACAGCAGCAGCAGCAGCAGCAGCAGCAGCAGCAGCAGCAGCAGCAGAAAGAGUCACAGGAGAAGGAAAAGCAUGAACAGCAGCAGCAGCAGCAAGAGCCACAGGAGCAAGAAAAGCAUGUGGAACAGCAGCAGCAGAAAGAGUCACAGGAGAAGGAAAAGGAUGUGGAACAGCAGCAGCAGCAGCAAGAGCCACAGGAGCAAGAAAAGCAUGUGAAACAGCAGCAGCAGAAAGAGUCACAGGAGAAGGAACAGCAUGUAGAACAGCAGCAGCAGCAGCAAGAGUCACAGGAGCAAGAAAAGCAUGUGGAACAGCAGCAGCAGCAGAAAGAGUCACAGGAGCAAAAAAAGCAUGUGGAACAGCAGCAGCAGCAGCAAGAGCCACAGGAGCAAGAAAAGCAUGUGGAACAGCAGCAGCAGAAAGAGUCACAGGAGAAGGAAAAGGAUGUGGAACAGCAGCAGCAGCAGCAAGAGCCACAGGAGCAAGAAAAGCAUGUGAAACAGCAGCAGCAGAAAGAGUCACAGGAGAAGGAACAGCAUGUAGAACAGCAGCAGCAGCAGCAAGAGUCACAGGAGCAAGAAAAGCAUGUGGAACAGCAGCAGCAGCAGAAAGAGUCACAGGAGCAAAAAAAGCAUGUGGAACAGCAGCAGCAGCAGAAAGAGCCACAGGAGCAAGAAAAGCAUGUGGAACAGCAGCAGCAGAAAGAGUCACAGGAGAAGGAACAGCAUGUGAAACAGCUGAAACAGGAGAAGAAGGUCUUGGGCCAGCAGCUGGAUCAAGAGCUAGCAAAGAAAGAUGAGCAACUGGAAAAGAAAGGGGAGCAACUGCUGGAGCAGCAGGAGGGGCUGCUGAAGCAGCCUCUGCUUGUUCCAACUCCUGGCCAGGUCUAUGGGACAAACCCAGUCCAGCCACUGAAGGGAGAAGUCUUGCCCCCUAAAGAAGCAGGAGGUGUAGUGUCCCCCAAACAUAAGUAA